AUGGAAAAUAAAUCUAAUGAUAAUCGUUAUAUUGAACCUGAUCACGAACUGCUGAAUUGGGAGAAAUGGGUGAGGAUAAGAAAGGAAGAAAUAGAAAAUCUAAAUAAAAAAACAGGUAGACUACCGGUUGAUAUGGUUAUGAAUUUACACGAGAAAGUUCGUGAAGAUAUAGAAUGGAAGACUGUUUUGGAAAAUGCCCAAUUAAAAACCAAACCUACUUUAAGAGGCUCACUUUGGGAGCAACCGUUAAGAUUGAAACAGAAAUGUUACUGUGAACCUGUUUAUGAAGUGCAACGAAAAUGUGAAGAAAUGGGAAUUCCACCUAUUAUGGAGCAUGUUGGGGUACCUCAAGAUAUUCUAGAAAAUGAAAAAGGAGUCUACGGUAUUUCUGAACGAAAAAAAUGUAUAAAGUUAGAUAAUCAAUUUCAUAAAUACAAAGAAAAAAGGGAAGUGGAGCUUAAAAAAAAGAUAAAGAAAAUCGACCCGUACAGAUCUGAAAUUAGUGGUUUGCUUGUUAAGGGCAAUAAAUCAAAAACUAGUACGAAAGUAUUGCCAGCGCUGCCUAAGAUUUUACUGUAUCCAACAGAUGAUUUACCCUCAGAGGAUUCGUCAAGAAUCUGUGCUGUCAGAAUUAAUAACACUGUUCUAAUCAAAGCUGAACCAGGGCAACAUUUAGCCGAGCUGCGGAAAAUGCAACAUGAAAAGUGGCAUGAAUCUUGUUCAUCAUGGUUUUAUUACUUCAAUGUACCAGUAAAACGAGUAGGACGUGCUAGGUUGUUCAUACAAAAUUUGGGAACAGUCACAUUACGUUAUUGCUGGAAGAAAAUAAAACAACAAAUACCAUUUAUCCCAGAGGAUACAGUUAGCCAAGUUUUUUUCUUUAACAAAAAUGAAGAUGUACUAUCUCCAGGUCAAUCAAGAGAAGUAAACUUUACUUUUGUAUCUAAUGAUACGGGUAUUUAUAGUGAACUAUGGGAAUUGAUCUUUUGCAACGUUACAUGUUUUGAUUCUUUAUUGAGUCAACUAACAGUAAAUUUACAAGCUGAUUGUGUAGAUGACAUGAAAAAAAUUCGCCAUAAAACUGACUUACUAAAAGUUAGACUUAACAGAAAGGCUGUAAGAAAACUUAUAAGAAAAAUGCUAAAUGAAGCUAUUGAAAAAGCGUCUAGUGUGGAACCUCAAAUAUAUCCAUAUAAGAAACUAUUUUUGGAAGCUGAAAUGUUUGUAAUGAAAAAUCCAGUUUGCUUUUAUCACCAAACAGAAAUAAAUAAGUUAAAAGAAUUUUAUGCAGAAAUGACGACCGGGGAAACAUGGGAUUUAUCAAUAACAUCGUGGCGGAGCUCAAUGAUGCAGAAAGCUUUUGACGACAGAAUGAAAUACUACGAGAUACUGCAACAAUCACAUUCAGAAUUGCUGAAGCCUUGGUACGAAGGAAAGAGCGUUUUAGAGCAAAAGUAUCAUGCAGUCAAACUCAUUCUGAUGGAAUUGGCUGACAAGUUUGAUAAAGAAUAUUUAGUUUUGACAAAAGCAAGUAACUUAACGGAGCAGUCUGAUGAAAUGAAUGGAAUGCCUUUAGAAACUAUAUUAUUGGUAAUGAUACAUUCUGAUUCCCAUUGGAUGGAACGAAAAAUAUUUUAUAUGCGCAUGUAUGACCAUAUUGCAACAGCAGUAGAAGCCUGUGUCGGCGUCAUUAGUAGCUUAGAUUUGAACAGGUGGAUUCAUUUUGAUUUUUGUCGCCAAUAA